AUGUCUGCUACUAAGAUCAAACUCAUCACAAACCCGCGCUACCAGCGAUCGGGUACCAAGUCAUAUGUUCAUCUCAUGCGAAAGUAUGGCUUUCAUCCAACUCAGGAGGGGCCCUAUACCUUUGGCACAGUGAUGCGCCAGACUGGUCGCCAGUACACCAACAAACCGAUCGGCGGACGCGUUCACCGUCACAAAGUGUUGCAGAAGAAGACCGCCGACCCUGGCGAGGUGGGCGAGGUUGGUGCUGACGACGUCCAAAACGAUGCCCUCUACCUCGCGCAAAUUGGUAUCGGUACGCCUGCACAGACUUUGAAUCUUGACUUUGACACAGGGUCGGCGGAUUUGUGGGUCUGGUCCACCAAGUUGCCAUCCAAUGUGCUAUCGUCAAACACCAAUCAUCAGGUCUUCGACCCAAGCAAAUCCUCAACCUACCAGAGCAAGGAGGACUCAACUUGGAAAAUCUCCUAUGGAGAUGGUUCCUCUGCUUCUGGAAUUGUCGGCAACGACGAUAUCAAUGUUGGAGGCUUAAUCGUUAAAGGUCAGGCCAUUGAGCUGGCAGACAAUCUUUCCACUCAGUUUGCCAGCGGCUCAGGCGAUGGUCUCCUGGGACUUGCGUUUGGGAACAUCAACACCGUUCAGCCUACGCCGGUGAAGACUCCUGUGGAGAGCAUGAUCUCCCAGGAGGAUAUUCCAAAGAGUGCUGAGCUCUUCACUGCCAAGCUGGGAUCCUGGCGCGAUGCAGACGAGCCUGACAAGGGCGAGUCCUUCUACACCUUCGGAUUCAUUGAUCAGGACACAGUUACUGCUUCGGGUGAAGAUAUCUAUUACACGCCUGUGGAUAACAGUCAAGGCUUUUGGAUGUUUGACUCUUCCUCCGCCACGGUCAAUGGCCAGUCAAUCAGUCGUGCAGGUAAUAAGGCCAUUGCCGAUACGGGCACUACUCUCGCGCUCGUGGAUGACAGCACCUGCAAGGCAAUUUACGACGCAAUCGAAGGAGCAUUUUACGACUCUGAGAGCCAGGGGUACAUUUAUCCAACUAAUACUGCUCUGGAUAAGCUUCCUGUUGUCUCCUUUGCUGUGGGUGACAAGCAGUUUGUUGUCCAGAAAGAAGAUCUGGGUUUUGCAGAGGCCAAAUCAGGCUACGUGUAUGGUGGUAUUCAGAGCCGAGGAAGCAUGGACAUGGAUAUUCUUGGUGAUACCUUUUUGAAGGGCAUCUACGCAAUCUUCGAUGUUGGUAACACACGUUUCGGUGCUGUGCAGCGAAAGGAACUACACCAGAACCUGUCGGCGCCACCUCAGUAG